ACUGAGCUGCUUGACCUCUCCACGGUCGAUGUAAUCUUGAUCUCAAACUAUCACUGCAUGAUGGCAUUGCCCUAUAUCACGGAGUACACAGGAUUCACUGGAACAGUGUAUGCCACUGAGCCCACUGUUCAAAUUGGCAGACUUCUCAUGGAAGAACUGGUUAAUUCCAUUGAACGUGUGCCAAAGGCUCAGUCUGCCUCCAUGUGGAAGAACAAGGAGGUACAGAGAUUGCUGCCAGCCCCUCUGAAGGACGCAGUGGAGGUGUCUAUGUGGAGGAAGUGCUACACCAUGCCAGAAGUGAACGCUGCACUCAGUAAGAUCCAGCUGGUGGGGUAUUCUCAGAAAAUUGAGCUGUUCGGUGCUGUGCAGGUCACUCCUCUCAGCUCAGGCUAUGCUCUUGGAAGUUCCAAUUGGAUUAUCCAGUCACACUAUGAAAAGGUUUCCUAUGUUUCAGGAUCUUCUCUACUUACAACACACCCUCAGCCCAUGGACCAGGCUUCUCUUAAAAAUAGUGAUGUUCUCAUCCUGACGGGUCUUACACAAAUCCCUACUGCUAACCCAGAUGGCAUGGUAGGAGAGUUCUGCAGCAACUUGGCUAUGACUGUCCGGAAUGGAGGAAAUGUGCUGGUUCCCUGUUACCCCUCUGGAGUAAUAUACGAUCUGCUGGAGUGCCUGUAUCAGUAUAUUGACUCUGCCGGGCUCUCCAAUGUUCCUUUUUACUUCAUCUCACCUGUUGCCAACAGCUCCCUUGAGUUCUCCCAGAUCUUUGCUGAAUGGUUGUGUCAUAACAAACAAACAAAGGUAUAUCUUCCAGAACCUCCUUUUCCCCAUGCUGAGCUCAUUCAGACGAACAAAUUGAAACAUUAUCCCAGCAUCCAUGGAGACUUCAGCAAUGACUUCAAGCAGCCAUGUGUUGUGUUCACUGGACAUCCCUCUCUUAGAUUUGGGGAUGUGGUUCAUUUCAUGGAGUUAUGGGGAAAAUCUGGCUUGAACACGGUUAUAUUCACAGAGCCCGAUUUCUCUUACCUGGAUGCCCUGGCUCCUUACCAACCUUUGGCGAUGAAAUGUGUUUACUGUCCCAUUGACACAAGACUGAAUUUUAUUCAGGUGUCUAAAUUACUCAAAGAAGUCCAGCCUCUCCACGUAGUUUGCCCGGAGCAGUACACUCAGCCGCCGCCCACCCAGUCUCAUCGCACAGAUCUGAUGAUAGACUGCCAGCCUCCGCCAAUGUCCUACCGCAGAGCAGAGGUGCUGACUCUUCCGUACAAGCGGCGCUAUGAGAAGAUUGAAAUCAUGCCAGAACUUGCAGAUUCGCUUGUGCCCUUGGAGAUUAAGCCUGGUAUUUCCUUAGCAACAGUUUCUGCCGUGUUGCAUACUAAAGACAACAAGCAUGUGCUGCAGCUCCCUCCAAAACCUCCGCAACCUCCCACCAGCAAGAAGAGAAAGCGAGUGAGUGAUGACGUGCCAGAGUGUAAACCUUUGAAGCCAUUGCUGAGCGGCUCCAUUCCUGUGGACCAGUUUGUGCAGACGCUCGAGAAGCAUGGUUUCAGUGAUGUGAAGGUGGAGGACACAGCCAAGGGCCACAUCGUACUCCUCCAGGAGGCAGAAACCCUCAUUCAGAUUGAGGAGGACUCCACACACAUCAUCUGUGACAACGAUGAACCUUUGAGGGUGAAACUGCGUGACCUGGUUCUCAAAUUCCUGCAGAAAUUUUAGCUCAUGGACAUCAUGCUGCUCCGCAAGGAGAGACUCCAGGGCACCAGCGCUAAGAGCUUUCCAGAGAGUGACCCCAGGGAGAGAGAGAGAAUUUCUUGAUUCAAAAAGACCAGAAACCACCUUCCCCUUCAUGGAGAAGCAAGGAAGUAUUUUUAAUAUCUAUUUUUUAAAUUUUAUUUUUAACUGAUUUUGGAAUACUUUGGAGGGAAUUCCUGUUCUGUAAAACUGGGAGUUGGAAUCUUAUAGGAGACACGAACUGCAGAAUAAAUAGAGUGUGUAUUUACAAGGU